AUGAGCAAUGCUGCAAUAAUAGACAGUUUUUUGGAUUCUUUGGACUAUGAAAAGUCUCAGGAUAUUGAACUUGUGGAGUCUUUACUGAAACAAAUCCCUCUGAAAGGUUUAUCCAGACUUGGAUUAGCCAUUUCAAAUUUGACUGUUACGAACUCCAGAACAGGUUUGGCAGGUAAAUUGGUAAUUGAACUAGCGCAGACACAGAGUACGCCUGUAUCAAGCGAUUUGAAGAAUGGAGAUAUAGUUAUUAUUAAGCCAUACAGCAAGAAAGAGGAUAACGACCAACAAUGUCAAGGUGUGGUGGUGAAAAUCAGCAAUGCAGAGAGUAAUUCAACCUCACCGACUUCUUUGGCAAUUGCAAUUGAUGAGUCUCAAGAGAAUAUUGCUACAACAAUGAUACAUUCGAAUGAGAAGUUUUACGUUAUGAAAACUGUGAACACAGUUACUUAUGACAGAAUGAAUUCAACUUUGAGGAAACUAAAAGAAUUCAAAGAGAAAUCUAUCUCUAACCCGAUUAUUGAUAUACUUUUACCCACAGAAGGUGUCAAAAAACUGAGAGCAUCAAUACCCAAUGCAAAGAAAUCAAAUAUUCAAUUCUUUGAUGAGAAUUUAAACGACUCACAAAAGUAUGCGAUCAGAUUUAGUAUGGAAAACAAACUGUCCAUAAUACACGGUCCACCAGGUACCGGUAAGACAUACACAGUUGUUGAAUUGAUUAGGCAAUUAAUAUCAAAAGACAGUACCUCCAGAGUUCUCGUAUGUGCUCCAUCAAAUAUCGCGGUAGAUACCAUUCUUGAAAGACUAUCCAAGUCAAUUAAGGAUAAAAGAUGGCUGCUCAGAAUUGGGCAUCCAGCAAGACUAUUGAAGACAAAUUGGUACCAUUCAUUGGAUAUACUGAGCAAAGAAGGUACUGAUUCUGCAUCUAUUAUUAAUGACAUUUCAAUGGAAAUUACCAAGACAAUAGCUUCGAUAAAGAGUAUCAAAUCCUCUGGGGAGAGAAGAAAAGCAUGGGCAGAAGUUAAGCAAUUAAGAAAAGAACUUAGGUUGAGGGAAAGAAAGGUUAUUAAUGACUUAAUCAAACAAUCAAGAGUGGUUGUGGCUACUCUUCAUGGAUCUAGUAGUAGAGAACUAUGUAACUACUACAAAAGUAUUGAAGAGGGAGAAAAUGAUAAUCUCUUUGACUAUGUUAUUAUCGAUGAAGUUUCCCAAAGUUUGGAACCUCAGUGUUGGAUACCCCUCAUAUCGCACUUGCAGUCAAAAAUUACCAAGUUGGUGCUUGCUGGUGAUAGCAAGCAACUUCCCCCAACGAUAAAGACGAAUAACAAUGAUAAAGUCAUGAAAGUCCUAGGAACCACACUGUUUGAUAGAUUAGUAAAUAUGUAUGGUGAUGAGUUCAAAAAUUUGUUAAACAUACAAUAUCGUAUGAAUGCAAAGAUCAUGGAGUUUUCUUCUAAAGCAAUGUAUAAUGGAGAACUGAAAGCUGAUUCUUCUGUAGAAAACAUAGUUUUAAGUGAUUUGCCAGGCGUUGAUUCUAAUGAAGAAACAGAUGAGCCCAUUAUUUGGUAUGAUACUCAGGGUGAUGAUUUCCCUGAGGUCGAUGAAGAAGAAGAUGAGCUGAAAUCUAAGAGUGCCAAAUUUCUGUAUUCCUCAAAGCUUAAUACAAAUGAGGCAUAUUUAGUUUUACACCAUGUCAGGAAACUCAUCGAAUCGAAUGUACAACAAGAUUGUAUUGGUAUUAUCUCACCAUAUAACGCACAGGUCUCAUUAUUGAAAAAACUAGUCAAUGGGACAGAAGAUAGUCCAGUGUAUCCAUUAAUAGAAAUAUCUUCCGUUGACGGUUUCCAAGGUAGAGAAAAGGAAUGUAUCAUACUAUCUUUGGUAAGAAGUAAUGAUAAAGCUGAAGUUGGGUUUUUAAAGGAGCAAAGGAGAUUGAAUGUAGCCAUGACUAGACCAAAGAGACAGCUAUGUGUAAUUGGUAAUAUUGAAACACUGCAGCGCAGCGGAAAUUCUUUCCUAAAGGACUGGACCGAAUGGUCUGAAGAUAACGCUGACUUAAGAUAUCCUGAUGUGGGCGAAAUCUAUGAGUGA